CUUAUACGCUAUAUUUGGCAAUAAAUAAACCAAUUGCCUUCUCAUAUAUCUAUGGGAGAAUAUCGAAUAAAAAAAUUACUAAAGAAAUAUAAAAAAGUGGUAGGAUACAUCUACGAAAAAUAAUUCUCCAGAAUAUGUCUAACAGUGUCUUGCCCAGGGAAGCAGUUCGUGUCAAAGUGAAGAAAUGUGAAAUAAAUACUCCACCAGAAUGGCGGAAAUUUAGCGUAGAUCCACAAAUCACCUCACUGGAGGUUUUAUAUUCAUUGCUUGCUAAAGCAUUUGAUAUAAAGUCUGAUUUUUCCAUUAAGUAUAAAGCGUACGAUCCAGCAGGUAAUGAAAUUUAUCUGUCAGUGCUAUCCGAUUGGGAUUUAGAUGCGGCUUUCUUGCGUAUACAUAAUAUUUCCAUUCAGACAUCAACGGAGCCUUGCCUUACUUUGCAAAUGGAUAUAAAGCCACAUACGAGCGUGAAAGAAUGCGAUUCCAAUUGUGCGACUACGCCUAACACUUUAGUCAAUUCUGGGAAUACCGCUGCAACAGCAAUGGCGGGUAGUUCAGCUGCCAGGGAUUUGAUGUCGCCUCUGCAGCAAUCUUUGGGUGCCUCCCAGAAAUAUAUGCAACAAAUGCAAAAUAAAUUGCCCGGUCUCAUUAUGAACCAAAUGGGUAAAACAUUUUCCAUGGUACAAAAAGCUUUUAAUUUGUCAGAGGAAACAAUAGCUGCUAUUCCGCCACGUCCGCCUUUGUGCGACGGCGAGUUUCGAAUGUUUUUAGAUGCUUUGGGUCAGAUACAAAGAAGUGAUGAGUUGCGUAAAGUGAUAUUCUUUGGCGGUAUUGAUCCCAGUCUCAGACGAGUGGUGUGGAAACACAUUCUCAACGUAUAUCCAAGUGCAAUGAAUGGUCAUCAACGUAUGGAUUACAUGCGUCGCAAGUCUGAAUAUUACUAUAAACUGCGAGACACUUGGAAAGCAGGUGUUAAAAACGGUUGUAUGGCUACUGGCGAAUUAGCUUAUGUAACUAGUAUGGUCAAAAAGGAUGUUUUAAGAACCGAUCGUUUGCAUCCGUUCUACGCCGGCAACGACGACAACCAGAACAUUGCAUCGCUUUUCAAUAUACUUACUACAUAUGCGCUUAAUCAUCCUUCAGUAAGCUAUUGUCAGGGCAUGUCUGAUAUCGCCUCACCUUUAUUAGUCACCAUGAAUGAUGAAGCACAAGCUUACAUUUGCUUUUGCGCGAUAAUGAGUCGUGUGAAGGGUAAUUUUAUGUUGAAUGGAAUCGCAAUGACGCAGAAAUUUGCUCAUCUAACUGAAGCAUUGAGUUACUAUGACGCAGAAUUUUGGGAAUACCUCAAAUCGCAACAAGCUGAUGAUUUGCUCUUCUGUUAUCGCUGGCUCCUAUUGGAAUUGAAGCGAGAAUUUCCGUUUGAAGAUGCUCUCCGAAUGCUAGAAGUUCAGUGGAGCUCGCUAAAAUAUGAUACAUGCGCUUUAGACAAGGAAUUGAAGUUAUACGAGAAAGAAUUCGUACCAACUUUGCAUUCGCCAUUGGUGUCUCCAGUCUCGUCAAUGAGUCCAUCGUAUUUUCUAGCCAAACCGCGAGAAAAUGCCUACACGAAAGUUUGUGAUUUAAGACGUCAAAGUUCUUCCGUCUCUCUGAAUGCAUUAAAUUCUUCAAUGGGCAAACUGGAGACUACCAAACGACUGAAUCACAGCCUGGAUGACAAUGCAACGCGAUACACUCUUAGAAGGCAAAAGCGAGCUUCGACAAAGUCUCAUCAAUCUUUAGAUGAGUCGAAAAUUAUGCAACUUAUGCAAGGAGCGGAUGAUAAGGCGACACAAUCACAUGAAAGUCGAUUAUUUGCAGAGGCUACUGUACUUGAUAGCAACAGCGAUGAUGACAAUGUGUUUAUUGAAGAAAGUGGUUUUAAAUUUCAUGAUACAAAUCCUUUUAAAGAUGCUCUUAACUGUUCAAGUUCUGCGGGUAAAGAGAAUGAAAACAAUGUGAAUAUGAAAAACUUCUUAAGCGGCUCAUCGUCGCCCACUGUAAGUGAAAACUCUAUUAGCGAACAUUCCGAAGUGUCCUGUGGCAUUACGAAUGGUGCAGCGUCACAACAAAUACCUAAGGGUAUCGCCAAACUGCAAAACAAAAACAUUCUUUCAAAUUAUAAUGCGGUCAGUAAUAUAAUUGCCAAGCAGUUGGUCCAUGCCAGUAUGGUCAGUGAAAACGUUCGACGAGUCGGUAGCUCAGGCGGAAGUCAUUUCAAAGAUUUGAAGGAGAAAAUUGCAGCUACCAGCAGAAGAGGACUUACACUGGACGAUGGCUGUAAUAGUUUUAUAAAUGAAAAAGCUCAACAAAAAUUAGUGAAAAACUUCAAUGAGUUUCUAAGUUUUACUACAAUCAACAAGAGCCGAGUAGCCAAUAAAGAAACCAUAGCGCCUUCAAACUCAACAAUUCCCUAUGACGUUAAGGAGACAGCAUUUGUCGGAGAUCAAAUAACGCAACAAUCUUUCAUAAUACAUCCACUAGUGCAAUUAAGCAAAGAAGAUUUCGCUUCUUCAUUAGAUGAUUCCGACUCUUUAUCUUUGCCGGACACCACAAAUAAUACGUGUAGCUGUUCAACAGCAGCCACUGCUAUACAGCAAAAAAAUAAUUUAAGCAGCAAUAGUUUACAUUUGGAAAUCAAUUCACUUUCCUCUUUAGGGCAUACGCCCGAUCGCUCACCGGUCUCACUGCGAAAACCACGCAUGGAGGCUGCAAAAUGUAACAACAAAGGUGACGCGAUACAACCAGAUCCAAAUGAAUCGAAUGCGAUCACGCCAGACGAUAGUCAAGAUUUGGAUUAUUACCCAAUGACGACAGCCAUCACUCAAGAGUUAGACCUGGAAGCAAAAAAUUUAGAUCGUCACGUAUUUGGCGACUUGUCAGUCAACGAUAAAAACGUCAAAUCUUGUGGUGAAAUAGAAUAUGAGAAAUUAGGCAAGGAUUCGCUUGAUAUAGAUGACGAUUUUAAAGCAAACGACGUAAACGCCUUCCAAUGUAAAAAUGUUGAAAAAAAGCGAAGAACUAAUGAGCAAGUUAACGGUAACGUACAUAUUAAUGAGCAACAAAAUCCGCAUGCGAAGGUUUUCGCAUCAAAUCCAUUCUUUGACGAAGAUAUAUUUACCGAAGGUAGCAAUGCUUUGGUAGCUGAAAAUAAUAGCUACAAUAACCAACAUUUGCCCGAAGUGUUACUGCCCAUAUCAACUGACGCGAACGAGCUUGUUGUUACGACCACUGUUGAAUUGGCUACCACGGCGGCUGAAGAAGAAAUAACUUUUCCAAAACCAUCGCAUAAUAGUAACGCUUUAGAUCCUAUUGUUGUUAAGCUACCAGCCCCUAGCGACUUUGGUGGUGGUAAUCCAUUCCUAAUAUUUUUGUGUUUGACGUUGCUUCUGCAACAUCGCAAUACGAUUAUGAAAAAUAAUAUGGAUUAUAAUGAAAUAGCUAUGCAUUUUGAUAAAAUGGUGAGAAAGCAUGACGUUACUCGGGUCCUCAAUCAGGCACGACGCAUGUAUAUUGAAUACUUAAAAACGCAAGCAUCUUUCAAGCAGCAGCAAAACGCCGCUGCCUCAAAUCCAACAACCAGUGAUGUUAAUAAGAAUGCUACCGCCAAACGGUCACAAAGUCACGAGGAAUCCAAUAUUUAUUCCUCGAAUGUAUUUACAAAAUCAUAAAACGUCCUUAGAGCAGCUCAUACAUACAUCACGGGUUUUAACACAUCAUACAUACAAUAAAACCAUCUGACAAACUUAUCGGUAACAUUUAUUUAUUUAAAAUGUCCCGCACUUACGACUGCUAGCUCUUAUUCUUAUUUAUUUAUAUAUAUAUUUUUUUUUUAACUAUUUUAGUUUGGUAUGUUAUGUUUAUAUAUAAGGUUACUUAAGAUUUUUCACAUAUGUCGCAUUUUCCGUUUAUUGUAGUAAAUAUUUUAAACGUAUGUGUAAAAUGCAU